AUGGCUGCAAGGUCGAGGCCGCGGCUGCAGCACCCGAUCGAUGCAUAUGAAUACGAACCGGAAGCACACGACCGAGCUGGCGAAAGGGUUGUCCUAGUGUCUCCGGACGCAUACGAUCUCUACCAAGCGCAAGACCGUGUCGACGAAGAGUACGAGCCUCGCGCAGUCCACAGGCCACAACCCCGGUUGAAGCAGAACCAGGUUCAAGAAGGACCUAAGCAGCCGCCUGUGCAGACCAUCAGAAAUUACAAUAAGGUAAAUGAUGACGGCAGUUUCACCUUCGGCUACGAAGCAGCCGACGGAUCUUUCAAGGAGGAGACAAGGGGAACCGACUGCGUGGUUCGCGGCAAAUACGGUUACAUCGACCCAGAUGGCAACAAACGAGAGUUCACAUAUGUUUCUGGUAAUCCGUGCGAUCCAAAUAAGCCCAACGAGGAAGAUGAGCCAGAGGCCCAAGCACCAGAAUCCGCAGAGCGCGACGACGGCGUACCUAAUUACCCGACCAGGCCAGCGCUUCGACCCACGACCGCCCGACCGACGACUACUUACUUCCAAAACGACUUCAGAGAUGCCGACGAGGAACCCGAAGAAGAACCCCUGCAAAACCUUAGGCCACGUGUUGUGCAGAGACCGCAACCGGCUCGACCAUUGCGACCGGCCUACCAAGCUCAACAAAUUGCUAUCACCCCUCGUCCUCUUCCAGCUACUACCGCAAGAGCACUUCCUCCAGCGACCACGUUCAGACCUCAACUCGUCCAGGUGACGGCCAGGCCACAAAUUCAAUACAGCCCCGAACCCAACUAUGCUCCUUCUCCCACUCCUAACUACGCACCGGCUCCUUCACCGGCCGCACCGACUAGAGCUAGUCAGAUAGACUUUGCUGCUGAAUUCGCUAAGUUCCACCGUGAAAACCAAAUCCAAUCGACAACGCCCGCCGCUCUCAGCCCGACGAGAACUACAGCCGCCGCUAGCCCAUCUCCUAGCGGAAACCCUCUGUACUCAACCGAAUUAAUCUACGACCCUUCCAGUGGGCAAUACAACACGCAACUAUUCCAAGCGCUCCCGCAGACCAAGGGAGAGUUGAAUCUCAACCAGAGACUGCAGCCGUUCGUGGCUCAGCCACAGCCGCAAGCCCAGAGACCGUUUAUCCCGUCCCCACAGAUCCCAGUGGGAGCGAGCCCCGUGUACAGGCAACCGAUCCAGCAAUCGAAUCCGCAAGAGUUGUAUCAGAGGCAGCAAGCCGAGUCUCAGUUCCAGAACUCAGCGCAGCUGUUUGCUCAGCAACAGCAGAUUCAGCAGAGCCAGCUGCAGCGUGACAGGGCGGCCGCGCGCGCCCAAGCACAGAGACUUACGAUCCAGCCCCAGCACCAAGCCCAAAGAGCGCAGACGCCUCAGUACUACUACGUGCCGAGGGGCGGCGAGUCCAUAUCGUCCGGCCAGAUCGACGCGUUCCUGAGAGGACACGGCAUCCAAAUAUAG